UGUGUUUGUAGAUAUGAUAGUUUGAACUAGGUCGGGUAAAGGAAAGUCUGUAAGUCUACUGUCUGGUCCACACUCCGGAACAGAAGGUGGCGGUAAUGCACCAAGAAGCUGGAUGCCAACCGCCGUAAAACAAGAAGAAGAAGAAGAAGAAGAACUCUGUCCGCUGUUUCCUCACAGGCGGAGUCCUGACUGGUUCCAGGAAACAGAUCACAUGUCUGAGCGUCCAGGAGUGGACUGGAAACUUUCUUCUUCUUCUUCUUCAGCGCUUUGAAUAAAGUGUGAAGGUAGAAAGUGUGUGUGAGCUGCUGUGAGUUGAGCAUCAUGGAUGAGUGUGAGGACAGAGAGGAGGGAGUCCCUCCCUCUAAAAGCUCUCUGUGUGGGGAACAGGAGAACCAGAGCAAAGCUCAGAGGAAUCCACCUGGACCUGGACCUGGACCUGGACCUGGACCUGGACCUGCAUCCAGCUGUGUGUCCUUAAAGAGCGACCAUUCGAUGGGUCGCUUUGAUGUAUUUAAAGAUGAUCAACCUCCUGCUGCAGAGAAAAUCUAUCAGAGACCAGAGUCCUCUGGACCUGGACCUGCAUCCAGCUGUGUGUCUUUCAGGAGUGACCAGUCUAAGGACUUUCCUCUUGAUUUUAAAGGAGAACCAGGUCCUGCUGCAGAGGGAGUGGAGCAGCAGAACUCAGAGGUUCCCAGAGCUCAGUCUGUCCAGCAGCAUCACCUGGACUCCAUAUUCAUGCUGCUGGAGGACAACAUGGUGACUUUUGUGAAGAAGGAGCUGAAGAAGAUGCAGAAGGUUGUGAGUCCAGAUUACCCAGAAUGCUCAGAGAGUCAGAGGGAGGAUGAGGAGGAGGUGGAGGGUGAUGAAGAUGAGAGGAGCAGCAGAGAGAUGUUUGAGCAGAUCACAGUGUUGUUCCUGAGGAGGAUGAAGCAGGAGAAGCUGGCUGACUGUCUGCAGAGCAAACUUGCUGCUGCAGUUUGUGGACGUAAACUUAAAUGUUCUCUGAAGAAAAAGUUCCAGAGAGUGUUUGAGGGCAUCGCUAAAGCAGGACAGCCGACCCUCCUGAAUGAGAUCUACACAGAGCUGUACAUCACAGAGGGAGGGACUGCAGAGGUCAAUGAUGAACAUGAGGUCAGACAGAUUGAAGCAGCAUCCAGGAAAGCAGACAGAGCAGAAAGAAGCAUCAGAGCAGAAGACGUCUUUAGAGGCUCACCUGGAAGAGAUGGACCAAUCAGAACAGUGAUGACACAGGGAGUGGCUGGCAUCGGGAAAACAGUGUUAACACAGAAGUUGACUCUGGACUGGGCUGAAGACAAAAGCAACCAGGACAUCCACUUCAUGUUUCCAUUUACCUUCAGAGAGCUGAAUGUGCUGAAAGAGAAAAAGUUGAGCUUGGUGGAACUUGUUCAUCACUUCUUCAGUGAAACCAAAACAGCAGGAAUGUGCAGGUUUGAAGACUUCCAGGUUGUGUUGAUCUUUGACGGUCUGGAUGAGUGUCGCCUUCCUCUGGACUUCCACAACAAUGAGGUGCUGACUGAUGUUACAGAGUCCACCUCAGUGGAUGUGCUGCUGACAAACCUGAUCAGGGGGAAUCUGCUUCCCUCUGCUCGCCUCUGGAUAACCACACGACCUGCAGCAGCCAAUCAGAUCCCUCCUGACUGUGUGGACAUGGUGACGGAGGUGAGAGGGUUCACCGACCCACAGAAGGAGGAGUACUUCAGGAAGAGAUUCAGAGAUGAGCAGGCCAGCAGCAUCAUCUCCCACAUGAAGACAUCACGAAGCCUCCACAUCAUGUGCCACAUCCCAGUGUUCUGCUGGAUCACUGCUACAGUUCUGGAGGAGCUGCUGAGAAGCAGAGAGGGAGGAGAUCUGCCCAGAACCCUGACUGAGAUGUUCAUCCACCACCUGGUGGUUCAGACCAAAGUCAAGAAAGUCAAGUAUGAUGGAGGAGCUGAGACAGAUCCACACUGGAGUACAGACAGCAGGAGGAUGAUUGAGUCUCUGGGAAAACUGGCUUUUGAGCAGCUGCAUAAAGGAAACCUGAUCUUUUAUGAGUCCGACCUGACAGAGUGUGGCAUCGAUAUGGAAGCAGCCUCAAAGUACUCAGGAGUGUUCACACAGAUCUUUAAAGAGGAGAGAGGGCUGUACCAGGACAAGGUGUUCUGCUUCGUCCAUCUGAGUGUUCAGGAGUUUCUGGCUGCAGUCUACAUGUUCCACUGUUACACCAACAGGAAGGAGAAGGUUCUGGAGGACUUCCUGGGAGAAGACUGGAAAGACGAGAACAGAGACACUCUGGAUGUGUUCCUGAAAAGAGUCAUGGAGAAAUCUCUGAGAAGUAAAAAUGGUCACCUGGACCUGUUUGUUCGCUUCCUUCAUGGCCUCUGUCUGGAGUCCAACCAGAGACUCUUAGGAGGUCUGCUGGGUCGGAGAAAGAACCGUCCAAAAAUGAUCAAGAGAGUCAUCAAGAACCUGAAGGAGAUGAAGAGUCAUAAAAUGUCUCCAGACAGAAGCAUCAACAUCUUCCACUGUCUGAUGGAGAUGAAGGAUCUCUCAGUACAUCAGGAGAUCCAAGAGUUCCUGCAGUCAGAGAACAGAUCAGAGAAGGAACUCUCUAAGAUCCAGUGCUCAGCUCUGGCCUACAUGCUGCAGAUGUCAGAGGAGGUUCUGGAUGAGUUGGACCUGAACAAGUACAGAACAUCAAAGGAGGGAAAACGGAGACUGAUUCUAGCUGUGAGGAACUGCAGAAAGUUCCGACUUUCUAACUGUGAACUCUCAGAGAGUCACUGUGAAGUCGUGGCUUCAGCUCUUAGGUCCAAUCCCUCCCAUCUGAUAGAACUGGACCUGAGUGGAAACAACCUGCAGGAUUCAGGAGUGGAGAGUCUGUCUGCUGGACUGGAGAGUCCACACUGUAAACUGGAAGCUCUCAGACUGAGUGGCUGUAAUCUGUCAGAGAGAAGCUGUGGAGCUCUGUCCUCAGUCCUCAGCUCCCAGUCCUCCAGUGUGACAGAGCUGGACCUGAGUAACAACAACCUGCAGGAUUCAGGAGUGGAGAGUCUUUCUGCUGGACUGGAGAGUCCACACUGUAAACUGGAAGCUCUCAGACUGAGUGGCUGUAAUCUGUCAGAGAGAAGCUGUGGAGCUCUGUCCUCAGUCCUCAGCUCCCAGUCCUCCAGUGUGACAGAGCUGGACCUGACUAACAACAACCUGCAGGAUUCAGGAGUGGAGAGUCUUUCUGCUGGACUGGAGAGUCCACACUGUAAACUGGAAGCUCUCAGACUGAGUGGCUGUAAUCUGUCAGAGAGAAGCUGUGGAGCUCUGUCCUCAGUCCUCAGCUCCCAGUCCUCCAGUGUGACAGAGCUGGACCUGAGUAACAACAACCUGAAGGAUUCAGGAGUGGAGAGUCUUUCUGCUGGACUGGAGAGUCCACACUGUAAACUGGAAGCUCUCAGACUGAGUGGCUGUAAUCUGUCAGAGAGAAGCUGUGGAGCUCUGUCCUCAGUCCUCAGCUCCCAGUCCUCCAGUGUGACAGAGCUGGACCUGACUAACAACAACCUGCAGGAUUCAGGAGUGGAGAGUCUUUCUGCUGGACUGGAGAGUCCACACUGUAAACUGGAAGCUCUCAGACUGAGUGGCUGUAAUCUGUCAGAGAGAAGCUGUGGAGCUCUGUCCUCAGUCCUCAGCUCCCAGUCCUCCAGUGUGACAGAGCUGGACCUGACUAACAACAACCUGCAGGAUUCAGGAGUGGAGAGUCUUUCUGCUGGACUGGAGAGUCCACACUGUAAACUGGAAGCUCUCAGACUGAGUGGCUGUAAUCUGUCAGAGAGAAGCUGUGGAGCUCUGUCCUCAGUCCUCAGCUCCCAGUCCUCCAGUGUGACAGAGCUGGACCUGACUAACAACAACCUGAAGGAUUCAGGAGUGGAGAGUCUUUCUGCUGGACUGGAGAGUCCACACUGUAAACUGGAAGCUCUCAGACUGAGUGGCUGUAAUCUGUCAGAGAGAAGCUGUGGAGCUCUGUCCUCAGUCCUCAGCUCCCAGUCCUCCAGUGUGACAGAGCUGGACCUGAGUAACAACAACCUGCAGGAUUCAGGAGUGGAGAGUCUUUCUGCUGGACUGGAGAGUCCACACUGUAAACUGGAAGCUCUCAGACUGAGUGGCUGUAAUCUGUCAGAGAGAAGCUGUGGAGCUCUGUCCUCAGUCCUCAGCUCCCAGUCCUCCAGUGUGACAGAGCUGGACCUGACUAACAACAACCUGCAGGAUUCAGGAGUGGAGAGUCUUUCUGCUGGACUGGAGAGUCCACACUGUAAACUGGAAGCUCUCAGACUGAGUGGCUGUAAUCUGUCAGAGAGAAGCUGUGGAGCUCUGUCCUCAGUCCUCAGCUCCCAGUCCUCCAGUGUGACAGAGCUGGACCUGACUAACAACAACCUGCAGGAUUCAGGAGUGGAGAGUCUUUCUGCUGGACUGGAGAGUCCACACUGUAAACUGGAAGCUCUCAGACUGAGUGGCUGUAAUCUGUCAGAGAGAAGCUGUGGAGCUCUGUCCUCAGUCCUCAGCUCCCAGUCCUCCAGUGUGACAGAGCUGGACCUGACUAACAACAACCUGCAGGAUUCAGGAGUGGAGAGUCUUUCUGCUGGACUGGAGAGUCCACACUGUAAACUGGAAGCUCUCAGGCUGUCAGGCUGUCUGGUCACAGAGGAAGGCUGUGCUUCUCUGGCCUCAGCUCUGAGCUUCAACCCCUCAAAUAAUCUGAGAGAGCUGGACCUGAGCUACAACCAUCCAGGAGACUCAGGAGAGAAGAUGCUGUUGGACAAACUGGAGGAUCCACACUGUAGACUGGAAACUCUCAGGGUGACGCCUGCUGGAGUCCGAUGGUUGACACCAGGUCUGAGGAAGUAUUCCUGUCAACUCACAGUCGACACAAACACAGUAAACGGAAACCUGAAACUGUCUGACAAAAACAGGAAGGUGACAUUUGUGAUGGAGGAUCAGUCAUAUCCUGAUCAUCCAGACAGGUUUAACCAGUGGUCUCAGCUGCUGUGUAGAACUGGUCUGACUGGUCGCUGUUACUGGGAGGUCGAGUGGAGAGGAGGUGUUCAUAUAUCAGUGAGUUACAGAGGAAUCAGAAGGAGAGGAGGUAGUGCUGACUGUGUGUUUGGAUCUAAUGAUCAGUCCUGGAGUCUGAUCUGCUCUGAUUAUGAUGGUUACUCUGUCUGGCACAAUCACAGAGGAACACCCAUCAGUUCCUCCUCAGUCUCUCACAGAGUUUCAGUUUAUGUGGACGUUCCUGCUGGAACUCUGUCCUUCUACAGAGUCUCCUCUGACUCUCUGAUCCACCUCCACACCUUCAACACCACAUUCAAUGAACCUCUCUAUCCUGGAUUUGGGGUCUGGUUCUCGUGGUCUGGUUCCUCAGUGUUUCUGUGCUGAGUUCAGUCUCCAGAGUCUCCUCCUGUUAGAGAAACAGUGUUGAACAGAUAGUUCAGUCUCUCCCAGGCGUAAACUAACCGUGACGUCACCCGUUGGUUUCAACGCCGAGAAAAUGAAGCCCGGAUUUUGCUACUUCCUGGUCGCCGUUUUGGAUCUUUUGGAGCCAGUGACGUAAAAAGCGUCAUCAAACAGACUGGACCGGAGAGCAACUAGGGGCAGGAUUAGCUGAGGACUCUCUUAUCCCGCCCACAUUUUACCGCAGAGGCUUCUGUUGCUGUCAAUCAAGUAUAGCCACGCCCCCUGGCUCCGCCAACUUUAACGAUUUAUUUAAAAUUCAGUAUUGAUUUAUUUUAAGAUCGGCCAACUGAUCUCUCAUUUUGACCAUGAAAACUAACGGGGAAAAAAAUCCUGAGCUGUGGAAAAUCAGUCUAUCAAAUUUUAUUUUUUCCAAAAAUGAAUUGGGGUCUAUGGAGCAAAAGCUUUUUGGAGCCAACCCUAGCGGACGGCGUGAUAUUGCAAGUUUUUGACACUUCCGGGUUGGCUUCAAUUCUGGAGCCAGAUGCUACAUCCACUAUAUAUACAGUCUAUGGUCUCUCCAUGACUCUGUCCCUCAGAAACAUGUUUCACAUUCAUGGAUUAAAUCUGUUUCUUUCUGAAAUCCUUCUAAAUUAUUCAUUGUGAACUUCUUCCUCUUCAAAGAUGGAAGUUGUGAUUAUUCCAGGACCCAAAUGUGGUGUUUCUGUCUUUUUCCAGUCAAAUGUUGAGAGUGAAAAUCAGGAUGUGGUGUUCCUCUGACGCUCACUUUAACUAAAACCAUUUGAGCUGCACAAAGUGUGAAAUCAGAGAGGAAGCAGUGAAACUACAAACUGCUGACAGACUUUCACACAUUAUUGUCCAGUAAAAAUCAGUUUUUGUGCACCCAGACUUCAUCCUGAUUUGAGCUUUUAAGUCCUGUUCUGGUGAUGAAAUGAGAACUUCCUUCAUCUUGUGUGUUGUAGCUGUUGCACAGGAUGCGUUUCUUUGUAAAGAUUUUUCUGUUAUUGCAGAGAAAAAUUUUGUUUUGAAAUGUAUGCGAAAAAAAGAAAUGUAUGUGAAUUCUCUCGAGUAUUAUUGACGCCUAGUGGUCAAGGUGUGUAUUGCGCUUAGUGAACAGCAUGUGGUGUUCACAUGAUCAACUAGAAAAAAAACUGUACACUGACAGGAGUUACUGAUAAUAGCAAGACACAGUAAAACGGAAGCUUUUUAAGUGGAAAUAAUAAGAACAUUGAAAGACCUUAACAAUUCCAAAAUUUCUGGUCAGAAGGCGCACACGGUAUGUGAUUGUAAUUUUAUUUUGUACUAAAAGUUUGUUUCAGUUUGUGUUUUUAUUUUGUGCUGACAAUAUAUUUAUGUUUGUGUGACUUACUUUAUAUUAGUUUUUCAUGGUCUUUGCUGGUGACAAGAACAUUUGCUGUGGCAAAGAAAAGAAUAAAAACUGGUCGAACAUCA